AUGGAAGCAAAGAAGGAGGUGGUUGAAGAAGUCGUUGAGGUAGGUGUUGCAAUUGCUUUAACGUUAAUUCUAUUUUGAAUAUGUCAUGAAAAGCGGUUUUAUUACUAUUAGCUUAUAUAGAUGUCUUAUUUUAGCCAGAAUACGUUGUGGUGAGCGACUCGGCGAGUGGAGAACCAAUGGAGCUUCCCACGAAUGUUGAAGAUAAUUCUCUAGGCUUAUCAACGCUGACCCGAGCUUUCCCUGGAGCUCAUGGGUUGAAAUACAAGAAUCCAGCCACUGGCGCUACUCGAGCUCUUUUGUAAGUUAUUAAGCCUUAGUUUAUUUUUUGUUUAGGACAGACGCGACUGGCAGCAAGUUCUUUCCACCUGCUGGGGGAUGGGCGGACAAGUUGUUCUUGGUGAUUUAUCAAAGUGAACCGGCUAAGCGGACACUUGCAGGUAGGCUUAUUAUGGUUGAGGUUGUUGUAUAUCGAGCGUUUUUUUGGUUUCAUGAUAUUUAUGUGGAGGUGGUACGAAAGGGGUAAUGUUGUGUAUUAUACUGUUAUUAGCUUAUGUUGAUAUGUAAGAACGUGAAAAGAUAGUUUACGAGUUAUGGAAACCGGAAUUAUAAUAUAUGUGUAUUUCGAAGGUUUCUGUACAAAGUUAUGAAGAGUUUUGAGCGAAAAAGUAAAAAAUUUUUUUUAUAUGAAGCUGAGUGCAUGAUAUAUGAGUAGUGAGAAAAAAGUCGUAAUUAACCAAGGCAGUACUACUCAUGAAGGAGUAUAUCAUUAUUAUAUAUAAUUAAUAAGUACUUUCUCAAAUGUGAGGGCAAUCGUAUGUGUGAACCGUUUGCAGGAGAUCAGAAUCCAAAACGUAAGAAAAUGAUGGACGAUUCUGUGACGAGUGAUAGUGACGGCGAGAGUGGACUGCAUCACGGGGGUCAGUUGAAUGCCAAGUUGAAGCGUUUGAAUGAGGAAGAUUAUCCAAGAAGUAAACCGGCGACAUUAAACAAGUCGUCCGACGAGUCGGUCGAUUCCGAAAAGGCCUUGAGUGGUAAUGCAAGAGAGCCCAAGCUUCCAUGCUCGGAUCUCAUCGUGUUAGGGUUACCGUACAAGUUGACUGAGUCCGAGUUGAGAGAGUACUUUGAGCGGUUCGGGAAGGUUGUGUUGUGUGAGGUAUGUUCGGCCGGUCGUUUAUGUAGUUUAAUGCUUUUUAAAGAUAAAGAAAGAUCAGCAAGGAGAGUCGAGAGGCUUCGGGUUUGUUCAAAUGGACAACAUCGAACAGCAGAGUAAAGUUCUGAGCACCGAGCACACGAUUGGAACAAGGAAGUGUCAAGUUAAACUGCCGGCUUCAAAGGUAAUGUUUGCAUAAUAUUUGGCCUCCUCUAAUUGCUUUUUAGGGUUGGUACUUGUAUUAUACGUUUUACAAUCAGCUAAAGAAACUUUCGAGUUAUAAUAUACUCACAUUCAGGGUAUUGACGUCCGUCCGGAAGAUGUGAAGAUAUUUGUUGGUAGAUUGACAUCGAAGACAACUCUGUCAAAGCUUCGAGAAUUCUUUUUGGCCGAAGCAAAGAAGAUUGAUCCCACUUGUAAGGUUGUCGAUGCCUUCAUUCCAAGUCCAUUCAGAAGUUUUGGCUUUGUCACUCUGUCAAGCGCCUACGUAGCCAAAGUUCUUUUAAAGUAAGUUUUUUUUUAUUUAAAUUUGCAUUUUUAGAGUAACCCUUACUAAUAAAAGGUAGAUUGAAUCAAAAAAUGGAAAUUCGUUUUAAUAACUCAUUAAUUUUUUAGGAAAGAAGACUUCAUCAUCGAUGGUGCGUCAGUCUGUAUCUCUCCUGCCGCCCCAAAACCUUCAAAUUCAGCACCUUAUGCCCCUCCCGCGUCGUACAGAGGAAGCUACAUGGACGGCCCAGUACAAAGACCAAUUUGGGAACACCAAGAGGGCCCCAGAAGAUCAUAUCGACAAGAUUUUGAAUCGAAAUCACCAAUGCCUCCAGGAGGAAAUUCAAUUGCAACCGGACUAGAGACUUUGAACUUGAACAACAUGAAAGCAGAUGUUAUGGACCACCAAUGGUACUGGGCCAUGAACAGGAACCAACCACAUGGCACCGCGCCACCACGACAACCAUUUAUGGGAAGGCCCAACCCGCUGCCCGGCUUCUAUUCCAUGCCACAAAGACCAGCUAGACCGAUGGGAAAAGGAAGAGGAGGACCCUGGUCAUAA